UUUUAUACAACCUUUGAAUUGCCAUUGCAACACUUACUUCCUGUCUGCUUCAUAGUCAUCCCUGUCAUCACCGUCUUUCUCGUUCGCAACUACCAGGACUUGCAAUGGCCAAGGUCGUCACAUACGAAGAGCUCAAGGCACACUCUACCAAGGACAGUCUUUAUAUUCUUAUCCACGGAGAGGUGUACGAUGUUACCAAGUUCAUCGACGAGCAUCCAGGAGGUGACGAUGUGAUUUUGGCCGAGGCUGGUAAAGACGCAAGCCAGGCUUUUGAAGAUGUUGGCCACUCUGACGAGGCUCGCGAACUCCUCCCUCCCUUCCUUGUCGGAGAUUUCGAGAAGGACGGCGCUCUGAAAAUCGGCGACACCAAGAUGUCCGGCUCUGGCGGUUCAGCCUCUAGCGCCGUUGAGCAGGGUUCAAACUUGAUGUACUUUGUCCCGUUGACCCUACUGGGAGCAUACUUUGCAUGGCGCUUCUAUGGAGCAUGAACUCAUGGAUCGACUUUCUGUCCUUCUUGUCGUUCAUCUUGUUUAUAUCCUCAUGAUAUUUUUGUUCAUUACCCAUGAACCUGCUUCGUCUGUUGCUAUCUCUGUCACAGUUCCUUUGGGAUAUAGAGCUUCAAUUUUGUUGCAGGUUUAGCGUGAAUCAACUGCCGAUGAGCCAGGAUCUGAUAUCGGAUUGGAAGAAGACCA